AUGGCAUCAGAACGACCUGACCAGGAGUACAUUGACACUUUCUGGAAAUUGUCUUCCAACGACCCGGAGGAGCGAGUGGAGGGCUGCAAGGAGCUUAUUUCGACCACGGAUAGUGAUGUCAAGUGGAACUAUGGUAUCAAGAGACUGAUCAAGGGUCUGGCAUCGCCCAAGCCCAGUGCCCGACUUGGAUUCUCUACUGCCCUCACAGAGUUUGUGUCUCUCCCCUACGGUCUGACUGUGGACGGCUACUUUGAUUUGCUCAAUGAGCACCUUCCUUUGGCCUCUGGUAUGAAGACCAAAGAGAUCAGAAACACUCUUCUUGGGCGGCUUUUUGGCAUUCAGGCUAUUUCCGGCUCCCAGUUGCUUCGAAUUGACGACUCCGAGGGAUUCCAGCGGUUCAUCGACUACGCCGUUGAGAUUAGUGUCAAGAAGGCCUGGCUUCGAGAGCUCGCCUUCUUUGCCAUUGUGCAGUUCAUCAAGCGAGAGCUGGGCUCCAAAAAGAAACUCGCCGACAAGAGCUACAUCAUUGAGAAGUUGAAGGACACCAAACUGGACAAGACCCCUGAGGCUGUUGCUGUUUACCUCACUAUUGGUGGUGAAGAAUGGGACCCUCUGGCAAAAAACAAUGCUGUUGAGCUCGGAAAGAUCCUCAAGGAUGUUUCUUCCCCCCAGGAUGAUGAUAACUCCAAGCAGAAGGGAAACUGGUCGCCCAAGCCCAACUUUGUGUGGCCCAUGAUCCUGCAGAUUCUAUCUGAGGACGAGGUGGAGGAAGUCAAGGAAAGCAAAAAGAGCAAGAAGGACGACAAGAAGAAGGACAAGAAGAAGGAUAAGAAGAAGGAGGAGAUCAAGGAUGAUUCUGAGCGAAUCACUCUGCCUGUAUUCUGGAACAUUGUGGUUGACCAGUCUCUGUUUUCCCAGUCUGCAUCUCCUGAGCGAAAGUACUGGGGCUUCGAAAUUCUUCAGCUCGCCCUUGGUAUUGUGAGCAAGGACAAGGUCGGCAUUCUUCUGUCUCCCAACCUUCUGCGAACAUUGAUCAACCAGCUCGGUUCUUCUGAUAGACUGCUGAACAAGGCUGCAAAGCACGUGGUGACUAAGUUGUGUGAGCUUGCACCCACUCCUGUUGGCCCUGAGAUCAUUAAGGCUCUUUUGCUCAACCCCGGUGGAUCUCUCAACUUUGACCGACUCACCAAGACCAAGACCAUUCACAACAUGCUCGCUAACAUUGACACUUCUGCUGUCCCCACCAUUAUCGAGCUUCUCAAACAAGUGUUCAUUGCUCCUGAGGAGAAGGCUGGAAAAGCACUUGAUGGCAAGCGACAGUGGGCUUUGGACCAGAUGCUUGGCCUGGUUCGACGAUUCCAGGUCGAAGCUCUUGCCAACGCUGACGUCGACUGGAUUGACGAGAUCAUCAAGUUCAUGAUCCGAUGGGGUUUCUUCAAAGACAACAGUGGCAAGAAGCGAAAGCAUGAUGAGUCUGACUUUGUGCCCCUCUCUCACAGGACAGUCAAAGAUUGUCUUGGCCGGUUCAAUUCAGUGCUCUCCUCUGUUCUUAAUACUGCUCGACCCGACAGCAACACAUGGGCCUACUCCGCCUGGAACUACCUUAGUGGUAUGAUGUCUGAGUAUGAGCUGAUCUACGAUAUUGGACAGUCCACAAAGGGCGAGAAAAGUGGUGAUGAGGAUGAGGACGAAGAUGAUGAUGAGGAUGAUGAGGAUGAUGAGGAUGCUAUGGAGGUUGAUGCUGGCGAGGAAGUUACUGAGAUCAAGGACAAGAGUGUCAAGACUCUCGACAAGAUCAGACACCUUCGACUGUCUCCUCACGGUGACAACGCUCUUCUCAAGUCGUUUGAGGUUCUAUUCUCGCUUGUUCUCCUGCAACUCUACCAACAGGAUGAGGAGUCUAUUGGUGUCCUCAGUGAUCUGCUGGAGUGCUACGGUAAGAUUCGAGAGGAGGACGACGAGGUUCUUACAGAUAUCAUUGUUUCUUUCAUUUCGCGACGAUCUGCUCUUCUGAAAAAGAUGGUUGACGUCGUUUGGGAGGGUUUGGUUCUCGAGAACAAGGUCAACAUGCAGCUUGUGUUUGACGUUCUUAAAACCGAGGAGAACGUCAAGGGUCAGGAAAAGCUUUUUGGUGAGGAGGGCGAGGAAGAUGAGGAUGAGGAGGACGAGGACGAAAUUGAGCGAGCUAACGCUGCCAUGGGCAAUGAUGACAGUGAUGACGACGAAGAGGAUGCCGACGGUGAGGACAACGAUUCUGACGAUUCUGAUGAUUCGGACUCGGACUCGGACUCGGACUCUGAUUCUGAUUCUGAAUCCAACUCUCUUUCGCAUAACGACAUCUCUGAGGCCGAUCGAAAGCUUACUCUUGCUCUCUCUGAGGCUCUUGGAACCAAGGAAGAGGAAGAUGCCUCUGAUAACGACACAGACUCCUCUAUGGAUGACGACCAAAUGCUUGCUCUUGACAGCCAGCUUGCUACCAUCUUCAAGGAGCGAGCCCAGGUUGAGGGAGACAAGGAGAAUGGCAAGAAAGUUCUUACAAAGAACCAGCAGAAGAAGAAGGACGCUGCCGAGGCCAAGGAGUCUAUUGUUCAGUUUAAGCACAAGGCUCUGGAUCUCAUUGCCGUCUACCUCAAGUCCUACGUUAACCGAGAGUGGGGUCUUGAGAUUUUUGAGUGUGGUUUUAUUCUGCUCGAUCUGGUUGGAGCUACUAAGGACCGAGCUCUUUCCGACAAGACCCAGACCGUUCUCAAGCAGCGCCUCUACAAGCUGCGGUACCAAAACUUUGUGGCCGAGGAUGCCGAGAGCGAGCUAGAGGAGCUUCUCGCCAAAUGUCACGAUCAAGCCUUGGCUGCAUCAAACCCAGGACACGCUAAUGUGCUUGCAGGCAUGUCCAUGCUGGUGUCCAAAGCUCUUGAGGACCGUGGUCAGAUCGAGCAGGUGGUGCGACAGUAUGGUGACACCAUGCUCGAAUGGAUCAACAAGCCCAAGAGCAAGCUCGGACCCAACAUGUUCUUUGAUCUUGCCAACUGGGCCGGAGACCUACGAAAGCGGGCCAAGGAGGUCAAGAAGGCUCAAGUUGAGCUUACCGAGACCAUCAACGAGGAGAUGGCCGAGAAGGAGGAGGAAAACAAUGAGUAA